AUGACUGCGGUGGCAUCUCCGCCUAGCGUUCAAUCGGGGCCUCGCUUGGGAUGGUACAAUUCUGGUGACGGAGGACAAGGAGCGCUGCCCUCAGUGAACGCGAACGAGGUCUCACGCAUGUUCAUGCCGCGAAAACAGAUUCAGCGGUCCAACUCCUCUUCGUCCAUUGCAUCGUCCUCUUCUACAUCGACUGUGUCUGCCUCUUCGCAAGAUCCACCUGCUGGGCAAGGUGCCAACGGCGAACCCAAAAGUAAUAUUCCUGCUGCGAAAAAGAAGAACGUCAGAAACCCCUGGCCGAGUUCCAAAUCAGAACCGGUCGCGGGAAUUACCAACGCUCGAUCUCAGGCGGUGCCUGCUUUCUCAUCCGGGCCCUCUGCAUCCUCGACCAUGUCGGCUAUUCAUCAGCCGUCAUCCAUAGUCCCAUCGCAACAUAUGCUUCAGUCGUCCCAGCAGAAUGGUGUUCGACCGCCAAACGGACAGGCCGCAGAACCCCCUGCGAUCCUGGCCCUUGCCCCGAUCAACGGCACUUUCGAGAAGAAACAAAUCAAUGUGCCAUUCUACCCUGAUGUCCUGCGCAUCGGUCGACAGACUAAUGCCAAAACGGUGCCAACCCUUGUCAAUGGUUUCUUCGACUCCAAGGUUCUUUCACGGCAGCACGCGGAGAUUUGGGCUGACAAGGCUGGAAAGAUUUGGAUCCGGGAUGUCAAGUCAUCCAACGGCACGUUUGUGAACGGCCACCGACUCUCUCCUGAAAAUCGCGAAUCAGAACCACAUGAGCUGCGUGAGAACGAUACGUUGGAGUUGGGAAUAGACAUUGUGGGCGAAGAUCAGAACACCAUCGUACACCACAAGGUCUCAGCAAAGGUUGAACACGCUGGCAUUUAUGGAACCGCUCCGAAUAUCCUCGAUCUCAACUUUGGAGAUCUAGACCCAGCCUCUGGAGGCGGACUUCUUCCUUCGCCUCUCAGCCAGCCUCUGUCUCAUCUCCGAGGCCGAGCAGGGAGCAACGUGAGCAAUCGGAGUGCUCAAAGCGCUGCCAGCACCCAACUCAAUGCGCUCCACCAACAACGUCAAAUGAACUAUUGGAACUCGCCAAUCUCCAUCGAGCAGGUUGCCAAAAGACUCACGGGCGAACUGAAACAAGCAAAACAACAAUCGCAAGAUCUACACCAGACCGACGAUUUCUUGACGUCGAUCAUGAAGUCGGGCUAUGUAGAGAAAGAAAAGGCCUCCAAGCCUUCGCCUGAAAACAAUGUUCCUCGACAGCUCAAUGGCCGUCCCAAGAUGCCUCGCGUCGACUCCUUCUCCCGAUUCUCUGAUCCACCCGCUCCUCCUCCGCAGCAGCCGCUCCCUCAGAAACCCGAUGCUCCCCCGCGAAGUGGAGCCGACGCAUUCUCUCCAUUGAAGCGCAGUGACACAGAGAAGCCCAAGGGUAUGGGUGUAACUUCACCUGUCUCCCGUGAUUCCAGUCAGAUCCUAUCUCUCAUUGAGGCAUUGUCAUCUGCCAAGAGAGAAAUUGAUACUCAGGGAACUCGCAUCAAGGAACUUGAGAAUCUUUUGAAACAGGAACGGGCUGCACGAGAGUCGGCAGAGAGGAAAGCCAAGAAACCAGAGACCAGCCCAGACUCGGAUGCUGCAGAUGUCAAACCCGAGGUCGCGUCUGCUGUACCUUUGGAAAAACCAGAGCCGGUGCUUAAGCAUGAAGAUGUGGAAAUAGCCGCAGAAACCAACCGCUCCGUUUUAUCUCCAGAAGCUACGCCCUUGGAGGUCAGUCAAGCCGACUCUUCGGCAGAUGUCAACACCGAAGCUCUCCAACAUCGCCUGGAUUCUAUGAUGGAGCAAAUGGAGGCAAUGAGACAGCAAGUUGCGUCGUUCAAGGAACGAGCCGAGAAGGCCGAAGAUGAGUCGGUUCGGUCUCACAAGUCACUGGCCGAGAUGAUUGAAACGCUGCGGAAGGAGCGCACUGGGGCUGCUGCAGGAACAGUCCCGGAUAUCAAGUCGACUGCACAUGACCAUGGCCCGACAGGCCCUGCACCUGGGUACUCGGCAUUGGGCCAGGAUAAUGCAGCGCACGUUGAAAUGAGAGGCACGUCAACACAACCCUUCGACUCAACCUCUUCGACAGAACCAGACACUGCAGCCACGGCCUUUGCCACCCAACGGUCUCGACAUAAUCUUCUGGAGCAGUCCAGCCCCUAUGCAUCCAUGCUUGGUGUGGUGCUAUUAGGAGUUGGGUUAAUGGCCUAUCUCAACGGGUGGCAGAAGAUGGAAAAGUAA